AUGGACCAUAAUUACAAAUAUUCAUUGAAAAACCCUAAUUUUUUUAAUAUUGGUUAUAUUAAUGCAGUUGCAAACUUAAACGAUAAACGAGACAGAUCAGCCCCAUCAUCAUACCAUUGGAAAAUAUUAAAAUGCAGAAUGUUAAUUUUUUCCAAUUCGUCCAUAUUGGCUUGUCCCGACAAAACUGAUGUCAAACAAAUUCAUGUAAUAUUUAAUAAAGUUGGUGAUGACUAUGAUAUGCUAAACUCAAUGUUUUUACGAUUUUCACUUAUUCAACAAGGUCCAAUAAAAAAUGCCACGCCAGAAUUAUUUGAACUGUGUUUUCAUUAUACAAUGACCGCCAAACUGGCUCCAGUUUGGAAUGUUCUUGGAUAUAAUUUUAUGAUAAAUAAUAGAGAAUUUUUGACAAGUACAAAGUCAGAAGACGGCAUCAAAUAUUCCAUUCGAAGUAGUGAGCUCGUUACUGCUAUAGAACUGAAACCAGUAAAGAUACAUUUAAUUAGAUCGAAGGAAGAGUUUUUAGUUGGUGAAACAAUAAGAGUUUUACCAAGUUUGAAUAAAGCUUGCAUCGAUGACUUCUGUAAUAGUUUAUCUGAAUCGAAUAAUUUUAAAUGCUACAAGGAUCUGCGUCGGCAUUGGAAAAAUAUUGUAAGUAGCACUAUGUCGCAUGUUUUAUUACGGCAAUAA